CCUCCCCCAGGCGCCCACUCCCCUACCCCCCCAGCCAAGGGGGUUCUAAGCUCAACAGAUUCCCUCCUCCUCCCCCGUCCUGGGCAUCUCUUCGCCGCUCUUUUCUAGCAGGAUCCCGAGGGCGAGCACUGUAGAGCUCCCGGGGCCGGGCGCCCUCCCCGCCAGCUCCCCCUUUUGGGGCCCUCGGAGGCUCUCGCCCCGCCCCCUUCUGCGCGGGGGGCCCCGGGGAGGGGCGGGGCGGCCUUUCCUCCGGGGAAUGGGCAAAGCUUUCCCACAGCCUGCCCCGGCGCCCCAGGGUUGCUGGGCUGCCGCGAACAAGCCACCCUGAGGGGGGUGCGGUGGGAAAAAAGCUCCUCCCAGAUCCCGCCCCGCGGCACACGCAGACCUCAUGCCGCUCUCUUUCCGGGUUUCCACCCGCGCCAGGUGAUGCGCAGAGCUGAAACCAUGGUUCAUCAGGUGCUCUACCGGGCGCUGGUCUCCACCAAGUGGCUGGCGGAGUCGGUUCGGGCUGGCAAGCUGGGGCCAGGCCUGCGGGUGCUGGACGCGUCCUGGUACUCGCCGGGCACCCGCGAGGCCCGCAAGGAGUACCUAGAGCGGCAUGUGCCCGGAGCCUCCUUCUUUGACAUAGAGGAGUGCCGCAACACGGCGUCGCCCUACGAGAUGAUGCUGCCCAGCGAGGCCCACUUCGCCGACUACGUGGGCCGCCUGGGCAUCAGCAACCAGACGCACGUGGUGGUGUACGACGGUGACAACCUGGGCUGCUUCUAUGCGCCCCGGGUCUGGUGGAUGUUCCGUGUGUUUGGCCACCGCACCGUGUCAGUGCUCAAUGGCGGCUUCCGGAACUGGCUGAAGGAGGGCCACCCGGUGACGUCUGAGCCCUCACGCCCAGAGCCGGCCGUCUUCAAAGCCACACUGGACCGCUCCCUGCUCAAGACCUACGAGCAGGUGCUGGAGAACCUCGAGUCUAAGAGGUUCCAGCUGGUGGAUUCACGGUCCCAAGGACGGUACCUGGGCACUGAGCCAGAGCCAGAUGCAGUAGGACUGGAACCGGGCCACAUCCGAGGCUCAGUCAACAUGCCGUUCGUGGACUUCUUGACCGCGGACGGCUUCGAGAAGAGCCCAGAGGAGCUGCGUGCUAUGUUCGAGGCCAAGAAGGUGAACCUAGCGCAGCCCCUCAUUGCCACGUGCCGGAAGGGAGUCACCGCCUGCCACAUCGCCCUGGCCGCCUACGUCUGCGGCAAGCCGGAUGUGGCCGUCUAUGAUGGCUCCUGGUCUGAGUGGUUCCGCCGGGCACCCCCGGAGACCCGUGUGUCCCAGUGGAGGCGCGAGAAGGCCUGAGUGGCGGGCCUCCUCGCUGGCUGGCAGCUCCCAUCUGUUUAGCGACCGCAGCCUGACAUGCAGCGCGUACCUCUUCAGCAAAGGAGACUGACCAGGUUUUAGAAUUCCUACGCAGAGCUCUCCUUUCCCUCGAAACACUGGAAUAAAUUGCCUUUUCUGAGUA